AUGAAUCCAAAUUUUGUUUUUCUUUCUUCUAAAUCUCAGACAUAUUCUCACAUGGGAGAAUCUAUGAAAGAAGAGGGAAGCAGCCCAUCUUCCAGAGGCUGUGGGCAAGACUCACCCAUUCCCUGGGACCAAAUCACCAUUUCUAACUUUGUUGAUUCUGAUUGGUUUUGUGAUGAACACAUACAAGCUAAAAGGGCCAGAGUAGAAACUAUUAUACAAGGCAUGUCUCUUUCACCAAACUCACUGAUGCCCUCAAACAAUCCCAAGGAAAAGGAUAGCAGGCAUCCCACAGAAAAAAGCAGGGAGAAUAAGAGGAAACAAAAACUUCCUCAGCAGCAGAAUCCCCAGAGGGGAGAGUGGUCAGGGGUCAGUAGAGGUAACUGGAAGGGAGAAAGUCACCAUUUUAAGGAACAAUUUCAAAUGCUACAGCAGCAGCUAAGACAUCUUCAAGAGAGACUCUUCCAGCUUUCUGAGCACAAUGCUUUAGCUCAAAGCCAGAAAGACACUGAAACGAAAAAGGAUUCUCUAAAACACAGGAAUGAUUCAAACCAUGGCCACUGGGCUGUAGGCAUUAAUCAGUACAAGGAUCUCAAAAGGAACUUUGCCAAAGGAGAGAAACUCAAAUUUUCUGAAGAGGAAAGCCAAUCUAGGGCUCCUUGGUUAAUAACUUAUGAAGAGAAAACUCUAUCAGAGAUAUUAAAGAAAGAAUUAACUGGGGCUGUGUCACAGGUUGUGGAUUCAGUCUUAAGAAAAGUAUUAUCAAAACCAUCAGGUUACCAGACUCAAGUGGUAAAUGGCAUCCAAGUGCCAGGACAAGACAGAAAGAGUGGAUAUUAUACUGCUACAGGGAACACAAGGAAAAAUCAGCUUCCUAUGGAAAGCUCCCAGAAUAUGGCACAAUCACAAGACGAGGCCCACACAAGUGCUUUGCCAUUGUCCACGAAGAAGUGUUCAGAUUCUCUAGGGUACCUAGUCAAUUCAAGAAUGACCCAGAAACCCUACCAGGAUCCUCCAGUAAACUUAGCUAGGACUUCUCACAUUCAAGAAAAACAGAUUCUUAGCCAAUUGUUAGGGUAUGGUCGAAAUGGCCAUUGGAGUUAUAACCCUUCCCAAAUCUCUCCCUCUCAGGAUACUUCCUCCCCACAGUCUCUAGACCUACCUUGGGGCACUAUUAAAAGGCAGUCAUCAGGCAUGAGCCAGCAGCAAUACCCACGGCCCUUCACCUCUAGCCAAGUAGAAAGUCUGGCUCUUCUUCCAACAGUGAAGAUGGAACACCACAACUUGAAGUCUGACACAGAUGUGAUUCCUUUCUCUUCUGUCCACAUCCAGGAAGGGCUAAACCCUGGCCACCUGAAGAAGGCCAAGCUGAUGUUUUUCUUCACCCGUUACCCAAGCUCCAGCCUCCUGAAAGCCUAUUUCCCUGACGUUCAGUUUAAUCGCUGCAUCACCUCCCAGCUCAUCAAGUGGUUCAGUAAUUUUCGUGAGUUUUAUUACAUCCAGAUGGAAAAAUUUGCCCGGCAAGCUAUCUCUGAAGGAAUCACAAACCCAAAUGUGCUGAAAGUUCCAAGGAACUCAGAACUCUUCCGGACUCUCAACAUGCACUACAAUAAGGGAAAUGACUUUGAGGUCCCAGACCAGUUCCUGGAAAUUGCCAGCCUGACAUUGCGGGAGUUCUUCAAUGCUGUCACAGCAGGGAAAGACUCAGAUCCCUCCUGGAAGAAACCCAUUUAUAAAAUCAUUUCAAAACUGGACAGUGACAUCCCUGAGAUAUUCAAAUCUUCUGGCUGUCCACAGGAGCUACUUCAGAAUUAAGAGUCUACUAGAGCAACAC